AUGGUCAAACAUCACACAACUACGCCCGACUUCUUAACCAGACCCUAAGGGAUAUACUUUAAACAUAAAUAUUAUUUAAUAACAGCUUAUUUCAUCAUGGACCAAGCAGGAUACAAUCAUUCUCAAAUACAAUCACUACUCCAUUAAUCAUCCAAUCUAAUCAGACCCCCUAGAGUAGGUCAAUACGGCACUUAAGGAUCCAUCGGUUAAUCUGAACUGUUCCAAUACAAUCCUUAGCAGCAGCAAUAAGCCUUAACCUAAUCGUAUUCAUCUCAGAAAAUUGGAAUUGCUCCUUUUUCUGCUAGAUAAAUAGCUACCACACCUGUUGUUUCCUAAAGCAUUACGCAAUCACAGCCACUCCUAAUCACCCCAUCAGUUAGGAUUGCAUCUACUUAACCAAAUAAUGCUGAGGUGCAUCAUCAAGAAAGACCCUUGUAAGUUGUCACAUUAGAUGAUAUGGAUUCAAGAUGGAAAACCAAAUGCAUGUAAUUGGAGGUCUAUCUCUUCGAUCUUCAACAAGAAAAUCUCAGACUCAGAGGAAAUGCCCCCUAGAUAUCCUAUGUCUAAGAUGAUUCCAAAAUCAAUGAACUUAUUAAUGCUAACAAAGAAUUAAAAAUUUAAGAAUAAGGGCUCAGACAAUCUAAUAAAUAAUUACAAGAUGAAUUAGACCAAUGGAAAUUAAGAUACAAAUAACUCUAGGAAUCCAACUCUAAAAAUUAAGGAGCAGAUGAUGAAAUCAGACUACUGAAAAAGAAAAUUAGCAAUCUAACGGAUGAUCUCAAAAGUUCGCAAGAACAAAAUGAAUUCAAAGAUUAAGAAAUUCGGAAACUAAAAUUACUCAUGAAUGACAAAGACAAUGAACUUGAAUCACUGGAUUAAAGAAUAAGGGAAAUGGAAAUGUAAUUGGAGAGUUUCUCUCAAUCAGAAUAAUAAAUUAUUUCUCUUCAAGGAGAAGUAGAAUUAUGGAAGAAGAAAUUCAAAUAGCAAAAUGAAAUCAACUCUGACAUUUCUGAAAAACUUACCAUGGCAGAAACAUAAUUAGAGGCUAUGAAAAAAAGCAAAGUUACUGUAACUAAAGAAAGUGAAAUUAAAAGAACUGGACCAUCAGGUACUGGAGUCACUACCUAAUUUGAAACUAGUACCAUUAAAGGAGCCACUAUUGCUCCUGGGGGAUAUAGCACAUAUGGAACUAACAACAGUGGGAGAAAUUCAGUUGUUAGAAAUUCAGGUUAUAAUGAUAGAAAAUAAUUAUGA